AUGGCCGUGCGGGAGUCGGUCCUCAGCCAGGGGAGGUACAAGUCCUCGCAGCCGCCAGCGGUGGCCAACCCCUUCGUGCAACAGACGCGCAUCAGCGCAUGGCGCUGGGCCUACAUCAUUCUCACCCGGAGUGUGCUGGUGCCCGUUCGGGUGUCCUGCAUCGCCUUCCUCUUCAUCUUCCUCUGGCCAGUGGCCAUGCUUUCCACCGUGGGCCUUUCGGCUCAACCAACCAAGCCCGCUAAGAGUUGGAGAAGAACACUAAUGCAGUCAGCCCUCAAGUUCUUGUUUCAGGCGACGUUCUUUUUAGCAGGGUUCCUGGUUAAAGUGAAAGGGAAAAAGGCAACCCGAGACGAGGCCCCCAUCUUCGUGACAGCGCCGCACUCUACUUUCUUUGACGCUAUCGCCUGUGUGGUGGCAGCGUUACCCUCAGUGGUCUCCGCAAGUCAAAACGCGCUGAUCCCUGUGGCUGGGAAACUCCUACUGUCAACACAGCCCGUGCCUGUGACGCGAGAGGACCCAAAUUCCAGGAAGAAUACCAAGAAUGAAAUCCUGAGGCGAAUGACAUCUGAAAGGAAGUGGCCACAGAUCCUCAUUUUCCCGGAAGGAGUGUGUACCAAUCGCACGUGUCUGGUCACCUUUAAACUAGGAACCUUCUCUCCAGGUGUUCCUGUGCAGCCAGUGCUGCUCAGGUACCCAAACACGCUGGACACGGUGACCUGGACCUGGCAGGGUUUCACAGGCUUCCAGGCCUGUAUGCUGACCCUGAGUCAACUCUUCACCAGGGUAGAAGUGGAGUUUAUGCCUGUUUAUAUCCCAAAUGACCAAGAAAAAAAAGACCCGGUCCUUUUUGCCAAUACAGUGAGGAUCAACAUGGCAAAUGCUCUGGGGGUGCCUGUGACAGACCACACUUAUGAAGACUGCAGACUGAUGAUUUCCACAGGUAACCUUCAACUACCCACGGAAGCUGGUUUGGUGGGAUUUACAAAAAUUAGCCAGAAAUUGAAGUUAGAUUGGGAUAAUAUUCAUCAGCAUUUGGAUGAAUAUGCUGCAAUUGCAGUUGCCUCAAAAGGAGGGAAGAUAGAAAUUGAAGAGUUUGCAAAUUAUUUAAAACUCCCAAUUUAAGAGCCCUUGAGACAACUUUUUACCCUCUUUGACAGGAAUAAUGAGGGCAGCAUAGACCUCAGAGAGUAUGUGAUAGGUCUGACUGUCCUAUGCAAUUCCGCCAACACUGAAAAGAUUCUGCAAAUGUCAUUUAAGCUUUUUGAUCUUGAUGAGGAUGGUUUUAUAACAGAACAGGAGUUAGCUGCUACACUUUGGGCAGCUUUUGGAGUGCCAGAUCUUGACGUUUCCAGACUCUUUCAGGAAAUAGCUGGACAGAGCUCAGAGUCCAUUUCAUACGAGAAGUUUAAGAAAUUUGCCCUGAGGCAUCCACAAUAUGCCAAGUUAUUUAAUUCAUACUUAGAUCUUCAGGCAGCCUAUAUAUAUAUAGUCAUUACCACAACAAGUAUAGGCUUAAUCACUGUAUUAAAUGUUAAAGGCAGCCCUGAAAAUGGUGAAAGUGCCUUCUAG